CCUAGAUUUCAGAAUCAAAAUAGUACAAGCCUAGGACCUUGAUGCUGUGUGGAUUCUUCAGUUGCUGUGCAGGGUCUUUUUGAGGGGUAGGCUGCUGGCGAACUACUUCCAAAUCAGACACACCUUUGGGUUGGGCUAUUUUGGAAACUAAGUAAUUGAUGAGGCUGAAGGUAUGGUCUGCUAGGAACAAGUGAUUUUAUUGUGUGUUUUUACAAGUACUGUGAUCAGCUGAUGCAGCUGAUUGACAGUCUCCUCUGUAAGUAACUGGGGGCGGAGGAGCGGUGACCUGCAGUGAGCCCUCCCUGACUUUUUCCCUAAGUGGGAAUUGCUGGCUUUCAGGCAAGAGAGGAAAGGGGACGUGAUAUGGGGGUACCUUUAUUUGGGGAGAGCAAUCCCUUCUAUUCCCGGAUAUGGAAUGGACUAAGUCAGAAGCUGCAAGGCAAGAAAUCCUGGGAUAAACAUCUGGAUGAAAUCUACUUACUCCAGCAGAAAAGGAUCUGGGAAUCCCCACUCCUCCAGGCUGCCAAAGAGAACAACCUUGCUGCCAUUAGGAAACUUCUCACUGAUGGAACAUGUGAUAUCUAUCAGAGAGGUGCGGUGGGAGAGACUGCCCUUCAUGUUGCUGCCAUGUAUGAUAACUUGGAGGCAGCAGUGGCUCUGAUGGAAGCAGCUCCUGAGCUUAUCAAUGAGAGGAUGACAUCAGAACUUUAUGAAGGGCAGACAGCUCUCCACAUUGCAGCAGCCAACCAGAACACCAUGCUGGUGAAGGCUUUGCUGAAGAGAGGAGCCAAUGCCAGCACAGCAAGGGCCACGGGGCACUUCUUCAGGCGCAGCUCCCAGAACCUUUUCUAUUUUGGAGAACAUGUUUUAUCAUUUGCUGCCUGUGUGGGAAAUGAGGAAAUUGUGCAGCUGCUCAUUGAAAAUGGAGCUGACAUUAAAGCUCAAGAUUCUCUGGGUAACACUGUUCUUCACAUCCUGGUUCUCCAGCCUAAUAAGACGUUUGCCUGCCACAUGUACAGCCUGAUACUUUCCUAUGACAGGAACAAAGAGGGACCAGGGUCACUUGAACUGAUUCCUAACAAUGAAGGGCUUAGUCCAUUCAAACUGGCUGGAGUUGAGGGCAACACUGUGAUGUUUCAAUACCUUAUGCAGAAGCGGAAGCAGAAUCUCUGGUCCUUUGGCCCCUUGAGCACUGUGCUGUAUGACAUCACAGAGAUUGACUCCUGGGCUGAAGAUCAGUCCUUCCUUGAGCUCAUAGUAUCCACCAAGAAGAGAGAGGCACGCCAGAUCUUGGACCUAACGCCUGUGAAGGAGCUGGUGAGCCUGAAGUGGAACAUGUAUGGUCGUCCCUAUUUCUGUUUCCUGGCCUUGUUCUACAUCCUCUACAUGGUCUGCUUCACCAUGUGCUGUGUCUACCGGCCCCUCAAGCCCCGCAUGGGCAACAGAACCAGCAGCAGGGACAACACAAUCUAUGUCCAGAAAAUGCUCCAGGAAUCAUAUGUGGCAUAUGAGGAUGAGCUAAGGCUGGUGGGGGAGCUGAUCACAGUCAUUGGAGCUGUAGUAAUUUUGGUCCUUGAGAUUCCAGAUAUCCUUAGAGUUGGAGCAGCAAAAUACUUUGGACAAACAAUCCUAGGAGGGCCUUUUCACAUAAUUGUCAUCACCUAUGCUUGCAUGAUCCUGGUGACCAUGGUGAUGCGCCUCACCAGCACAACUGGGGAGGUGGUGCCCAUGUCCUUCGCCCUGGUGCUGGGGUGGUGCAACGUCAUGUACUUCGCUCGGGGCUUCCAGAUGCUUGGACCUUUCACCAUCAUGAUCCAGAAGAUGAUAUUUGGAGAUCUCAUGCGCUUUUGCUGGCUCAUGGCUGUGGUGAUAUUGGGCUUUGCAUCAGCUUUUUACAUCAUCUUCCAGACAGAGAACCCUGAAAACCUGGGGCAGUUCUACAACUAUCCCAUGUCCUUGUUCACUACUUUUGAGCUCUUCCUCACUAUCAUUGAUGGCCCUGCAAACUACGAUGUGGACCUGCCCUUUAUGUACAGCGUGGUGUACUUUGCUUUUGCCAUCAUUGCCACCCUCCUUAUGCUCAACUUGUUAAUUGCCAUGAUGGGUGACACCCACUGGAGAGUGGCCCACGAGCAGGAUGAGCUCUGGAGAGCCCAGGUUGUUGCCACGACUGUGAUGUUGGAGCGGAAGCUGCCGCGCUGCCUCUGGCCCCGCUCGGGAAUCUGUGGGCGGGAGUUCGGGCUGGGGGACCGAUGGUAUCUCAGAAUUGAAGACAGGGUUGAUCCCAACAAGCACAAGAUGAUGCGGUACACAGAGGCAUUUAAGGUUCAGGAUAGGGAUAACUAUGACAAAGGUUCAGAAAAGCUGGAAACCAACGGGGACACCUUGUGCAAGAAGGAAAUGUCUGCUCUGUCACUGUCACGGAGCACAUCCAGAACCAGUUCUCACCGUGGCUGGGAGAUCCUGAGGCGGAACACCUUCCGCCAGCUCUGUGGAGAGGUCGGUCCUGCCGUGGAUGAGGAGGUCUAUGAUGUCUAA